AUGACGACGAUUCAGACGACGGCUGUUACCGUCAACGAUAGAACAGAUGUGGACGGCGGCUGUUCGAGUGGCCCUUAUGCGCGAAAGAAUGAUAAUGGCAACAUCGUCGGGAAACGGGCGCUUAGUGCUUUUUCGAGAUCCUCCUCCUCCUGUUCUGCGCACCACCAUCAUCCGCGCGAGGAAUCCGCGCGAGACAUCGUCCGGCGCAAACGCGAAACGUUUUUAGCGCAAAUGGCCGUCGAUGUGAGGAAAGAAGAAAUCGAUAAGCUCGAGAAACGCGCCGCGCAAAGAGAAGAGGCGUUGCGGAACGCGGAGAGGAUGCUCGAGGAGGAUAAAAAACGUUUCGAUUUAUUUUUGAAAGAAAACGACGAGCGGGUGCGAGAGGCGACGAAAAGAGCGGAGAAAGAGGCGAAGAAGAAGAGGGAGAAGGCGAACGAGGUGAAGCGGUUGAACGGUGAAAUCGCGACUGCGCGAUUGGAUUUAGGGAGGAGAGAGGAUAAGUUGGAGGAGUGCGAAGAGUAUUUGAGAUUUUUGGACGGGUUGACGCCGAAAGAGUGGUUGGCGGAGUUUAGGGAGGUUGCGGACGACGGUGAGAUUGGGUUGGAAAGUGAAGAUGGAGCGGCAGAGGAAAAGAAUGAAGGAGGAGGAGAUGAAGACGAACUAGAAAAGAAUAAACCGGUGCCGAUGUAUUUUACGCAUCCGAAACAGCUUUUGGAUGUGUUUGCAAAAUUGGAGGAGGAAAAUUUAACGCUCAUAAGCGAGGCGCAGGAUAUCGAAGAUCAACUCGAACGAGAUACGGAGAAAAGAGCAAAGGAGCUGAGUCAGAUGGAAAUUGAGAGUCGAGGAAACCAAAUGGAGAUUACCAGGCUGCGAGAAGCGAUUGUGGAGGAGAUGCAGAAGAAAAAAGCGUAUGGUCUGGAAUCUUCUUCUGCUUCUUCUGCUUCUGCUUCGACGUCCUUGUCCUCACCUUCGCCCGAACAAGAGUUGGCAAAACUGACCGAGAAAGUGAGAGAGGUGUACGAAAGCGUGGUUAUUACAGAGACAAAAGCUUCUUCUAUCGAAGCGGUCGAUAUGUUGAGGGAAAUUGAAGAGACGCUCGAGCGAUACUUUGUCGAGAUUGAAAAAAUGCCCAAAGACGUCGUCGCCGAGCGCGAACGCAAGAUAGAAAAAGAACGACGACACAGAAAUCGAGAGUUGAAGAUGCAGCAACAAAAAGCCGAGCAAGAGUUGCGAUUGAAGAAAACUUUAGAGAGAGCUGCCUCGCCUGCUAGAAAAAAGCCAAACGGGAAACCCGUCAUGUUCCGCUCGCGUUUACGAGAGGAGAAAAAAGAAAUGCAACAAAAUAGUAAUCAUAUUCCGAAAGAGCGCGAAGCGGAGAUAGAAUUGAAAGCGUUUCUGAAUCGUGAGUUUUGA